UGCUCACCGCCGCGUGCGCACGUUACUCUGACCAUGGAUUUUACCGGCAAAGUCGUGAUUGUUACCGGUGCCAGCUCGGGAAUUGGAGCAGCCACUGCCAAACUCUUCGCUUCAUAUGGUGCCCUGCUAACAUUGGUCGGCAGAAACGAAGAGAGACUGCUCAGAGUGGCCGAAGCCUGUGAACAGGCUAAAGGAAACAAACCCAUCAGCCUACUCCUCGACUUAACCCAGAAUAACAGCUGCGAAGAAGUGGUCAGGAAGACAGUGGAAACUUACAAAAAAUUGGAUGUAUUAAUCAACUGUGCAGGCAAAGUGGUUCUUUCGACUUUGUUUGACAACGACAUGGAUGGACUGGACGAAAUCAUAGCGAUAAAUCUGCGUGUACCGUACAGGUUGACCCAGUUAUGUCUCCCACAUUUGACGACAAGUAAAGGGAAUAUUGUCAACGUUUUCGGUGCUCCAAUGAGGUCCAGACCAGGGUUCACACCUUUCUGCAUGAUACGAGAUGCUUUGGAGAGAUUCACUAAGUUCGGAGGCUUGGAAAUAGCUCCAGUUGGAGUCCGUAUGAAUGCUGUAAGACCGGGAAUAACCAGGACGAAUUUCUUGUCAAACUUCAACAUUUCCGAGGAUGUCAUGGACCAAGUCUACGAGGUGAUAUCCCAAGUGGUGCCAACAGAAAAGAUCAUAGAACCGGAGGAGAUAGCUCGGAUGAUACUGUUUACUUCGAGUGACAUUUGCCCCAAUUUGAACGCUGCUAAUCUUGUGGUAGACGGCGCGGCGUCGUGGUCUUAAUGUGAAUUAUAUUCGAAUAAGUUUAGUACAGUGAUCUGAUAAUUAAAUGGUUUUGUUGGAGUUUACAAAGUUGCUACUUAAUUUAA